AUGUUCCGGUACGCGCUCCCGAUAGUCCUAACUGCAAUCACUGUUCUCUCGAAAAAAAAUGAGGAUCCAGAGGUGGAGAUGACUACCCCACAAAUCAUUCAACAUUGGGGUUACCCGGCUGAGAUUUACACCGUAACCACUGAGGAUGGGUACAUUCUGGAAAUGCACAGAAUUCCAUACGGCAAGAAUGAUGCAAAGCCUACAACCCCACGACCAGUGGUAUUCAUGCAACAUGGACUUGAGUGCAGUAGCAGCAAUUGGAUUACCAACUUGCCUGAUGAGAGUGCUGGUAAAUAUUGUGGGAUUGAUUCUAAUUUGAAACAAUAUGUUCAGCCACAAAUCAUUCAACAUUGGGGUUACCCGGCUGAGAUUUACACCGUAACCACUGAGGAUGGAUACAUUCUGGAGCUGCACAGAAUUCCAUACGGCAAGAAUGAUGCAAAGCCUACAACCCCACGGCCAGUGGUAUUUAUGCAACAUGGACUUGAGUGCAGUAGCAGCAAUUGGAUUACCAACUUGCCUGAUGAGAGUGCUGGUUUCAUCUUUGCUGAUGCUGGCUUUGAUGUUUGGCUUGGAAAUAUGCGCGGAAAUACAUAUAGCAUCAAGCACGUCAAUCUUAACCCAAAACAAGACAAGUUCUGGGAGUUCUCAUGGGAUGAGAUGGCAAAAUACGAUUUGGAAUCGAUGGUUAGCAAAGCGCUCAAUGUCACGGGACAACAACAACUAUACUACAUCGGACAUUCACAAGGAACCAUUACCAUGUUUUCGAAGCUUUCUAUGGACCAAGCCUUCUCGGCAAAGGCGAACCCACCGGAUUAUGACUUCACCAAGAUACAAAACUCAGUUUACCUCUACUGGGGCGAUAGUGACUGGCUUGCUGAUCCUCAAGAUAUAUCCGAGUAUUUACUACCAAGAAUACUCCACACUGUCGUGGGUAACGUGGAGCUGAAGGACUACAAUCAUCUUGAUUUUAUCUGGGGACUUCGGGCCGCAGCUGACAUCUACUACCCAAUAGUCAACUUGAUCAAACAGGACCUUUCAUAG